AUGUAAAGAAAAUCAAAUACAUUAAAUUAUUUAUGUAAGUUACUUUAUUCUACAACUCCAUUUUGUUAACAUAAGAAUUCUUGUAUUAUGAAUAUGUUAAGAGGGAUGAUAGAAGCAUUCACAAAAACAUUUUUAGCAAAACUUUGUUUAAAUGCAAUAAUGUUAGUAAUGAGUUCUAAGAAGAUUAUUAAAUCAGAAUAUAAAAUAAAAUUAGUGUUUAAUAUUUUGAUUAAUAGGUAUAAUAAAAACAAUACAUCUUAGAACUAAUUUUCAUUUAGGUUUAUUUAUGGGAAUCUAAACAUUUUUAAUAAAAUGUAUAUAAUGUCUUUUAAGAACAAUUCGAUAAAACGAAGAUGGUUGGAAUGCUGCUAUAUCAGGUUUUAUUGGAGGAGGAUUAAGUUUUAUUACUUAAAAUCCUCAUGUAUAAAAUAUUCUAAGAAUUUAUUUGUUUGCAAGAGCAACAGAAUGCUUAUAUUAAAUUGGUAUUAAAUUGGUAUUUAGAGGUAAAAACAUUUUUAAAUAAAAAAAGAAAGUAUUAUAAUCAUAGAAAAGUGCAAUUAUUGCUUAUGGUUUCUUUUUUGAGCCAGACAUUAUACCUAUGGAUACAUUCAAGAUGUAUGAAAACUUUUCAUAAUAAACACUUGUGGAUUAAGUAUGGCAUAUGUGCAAUGUACAAUAAUAUAGAAAUAGAUGCAACGUUUGA